UUAAUAUUGUGUGUGUGUGUGUGUGUGUGUGUGUGUGUGUGUAGUUUAGAUUUAUAUGAAAUAAUUAAAAAAUAUUGUUUUUCUGUACCAUUUUUUUUACAUAAAUGAAAUUUUAAUCUACAAAAGAAAGUUAAUGUUGAAGUUUAUGUAUUUUAAAAAUAACUAGUUAAAAUUGCAAAUUAAUUCGUUUAACUUGUUAAGCUUCGUUAUUUAAUCUUUAACUUUUUAACUAGUUGUUUAUAUGUAUUUAUAUGUAUAUAUAAAUAUUUAUACUUAUAUUUAUAUAUUAUAUAUAUAUAUUUAUUUAUAUGUAUUUAUAAAUAUAUACUACAUUUUAUAUGUAUUUAUAAAUAUAUACAAUUUUAGUAAUGUAUUAUUAAUAAAAAUAGCAAGUUAUAAAAAAAAAGAUCAUAUUUAUUAACUUGGAUUCCAAAUGAGAGUAUGUUGCUAUGGAGACAUAAAGUGUUUAAAUCGAUGAUCGAUGGUUUCCUUUGUAUACGCUUCAAAGUUCAUAUAAAAGAUUUGUAUUUCUAUAUCAUUGUUAAUUCUAAGAUAGAAAUCCAUUUCAGAUAAUAUGGCGUUAAAUUUUGAAUUAAACAAAAUUAUUAUCUCGUUGCAAGUAGACGAGAAAAAUCAUCGAAAGCAAGCACUAGAGAAAAUAUUAGAAAAUAUAUCUCGGAAAGAAGUAGUAGAUAGAUUGAAUGAACUGGUUAAAAUAUGGGAAUGUACACAUCGAAUCCUAAUUAAAAUCAUGAAUGAUAAAAGGGAGACAUGCAGAGAUCUAACUGUAGGAAUAUUGAAGAUAUUUCUAGAAGCUCUACCUCCUGAUGACAGACACAUAAUUUAUAUUAUACCAAUAAUGUCCAGACGACUAAGCACACAGGAAUUGAUAGAGCCAUCAGAAGAAGUGCGUCUGAAAUGCAUCUCCCUUUUGCGAACAAUAAUUUUGAAGUAUAAGGACUUAUUGAUGCAGUAUAUUCAAGAUGUGACGGGAAUACUGGCACGUACUGUCAUGGAUAAUUGUCCAAAUGUGAAAAAGGAGAGUUGCAAGUGCAUAUCGGAUUACGCAAAGACUCUAUCAAAGAAUUUAUAUUCACAGUCGGAGUAUCUAAUAAAACCAAUCUUGAGCAAUUUUACUCAUCAGCACUACAAAGUUCGGCUUGCCGCCGUUGAAGCGAUAGGCGAUGUGAUUCAGUACGGAAAUAGCAAGUUAAUAGAAGAAGUAGCAACUUUUUUGACACAGAGACUCUUCGAUCAGAAUGGAAAUGUCAGGAAAGCUGUAAUUCAAGUCUCUGGCCGAUGGUUGAGUGACCUACCUAAUAGAUGUGGAUGGUGGCACAAACUUCUUCCUCUGAUUAUGACAGGGUUACACGAUGAGCUUGCAGAAAUUCGUGUAAAAGCGGCGGACAUGUGGGAUGCUGCGGGAAAAUUGUACAUGAAAGAGAAUGAAAACGACGAAAAAUUAAAAAAUAAGAUGGAUUUUCUUACGGAAAACUCGGAACAUUAUCCUCCAGGAAUUUUCAGACCGAAUUUAGGAUGUCGUGUAAUCACACAACAAAAUCUAUUCAAGCUUAUUGGCGGUAUCAGCCUUGAACUUGGAGAUUGGCUGCCUGAUAUACGUGUACGUUCCGCGCAAUUACUUUGUGUACUGAUAUUAAAUGUUGAGGAGGAAGUUACACAGUAUAUUGAAAAGCUUUUGCCGCUUAUGUAUCGAGCUUGUAACGAUGAGGAUAAAAGAGUUGUUGCUUGUAUGGAGGUUGCAGCGCGAUAUCUUGGCUAUUUCGUAAAACCCAAGAUUUUCUACCACUUAGUUCUUCCUACUUUGGACGAAACUCUAACAAUCGGACAUUUGCGUGUCUUCGCGGCAAUCAUCAGCGGUAGCGAACGGACAGCUUUAUCGCAACAGUUAGACAUGAUUGCAAACUUCUUGCAGCAGCCGAAUAUUUGUCGGAACAAGGAGAGCAACUAUCAACGUCAGAUAUUGUCUUGCUGUAAUUCCCUUCUCGUAGUUUGUAAAGAGGAUUGUAUGGAGAAUACGCAAGGUUUAUUUACUGCAAUAUUCAGCGUAUAUGCAAUGAGCGCGGAUCCCUUUAUUCAUGAGGAAACAGAUAGACUUUUGGAGGUACUAGUCAACAUAAACUUGCUAAAUGACAUCGAAGAACUCUUCUGUAAUCACGUGAGACAGCUGAUAAUAUCGAUUCACGAUGAUUGUGCUUCGUGGACGGUUUGCAAUGCAGAGUCACAAAUUUUUUGUGCCUGUCUGAGUCGUGCUGGAGUCGCCAUGUCAUGUAACAUGGACCUAGUACUGACUGUUUUGGAAAAAACCAUGAGCAAGGAUGCUGAUCCCGAGCUAAAGCUGCGGCAUUUUAUUCUACUCUCGGAGUAUUUUUUAAACAAUCCAAAUUUAUAUCAUCAUAUUAAGGAUCCACGUACAUUUGUAAGUAAGAUCAUCGAGAAAUUGAUCGUGCCUGGACUUAUUUGGGCGGCUGGUAGAGCAGCUGAGGCCAUUCGAACGGCCACUGUUUCCUGUCUCUGCGCCGUUCUACAAAACAAAAUAAUUAAUCCUGAUAACAAAGAUGAAAUUAAUGAAGCAAAGUCGUCUGUGAAUGAAGAAAAUAAGAAAUCUAGAAUGUUUAUUACAACGGAACAGUUUUUGUUUAUCUUUGACAAGAUCGCACCUGUUCUGGUCAGUCUGAUGGACGACAAAGCAAAGAAGACUCGUCUGUAUUCCAUGCGUGCUAUUUGUUUAUUAAUAAUAAUCGGACAGAAGUUAUCCUGUCUAAACGACGAGCACAUCCAUUGCACAUAUCCGAUAAUAUUAAAGAGACUUGACGACGGCUGCGAUGACAUUCGCUACGCUGCGGUGGAAGCACUUAUGGAUGUGUGGAGUGUAUCGUCCAAAAAUUAUGACACUGUCAUCAGUAAAUGUCACAUCGAUACCUUGUACACCACGAUGAUUAUUCAUCUUGACGAUCCGGAAUCCCACUUUCAAGAGAUAAUGUUAGAUGCAUUAAAGCGCACUGCGAAGAUCUAUCCUGAGCUACUGCAUCAAAAGUUGCAUAACUGUCGACCGAAUUUCAGGAACAAAGCAGCAAUAGACGCAAUUUUGGAAUAUUGCCAGAAUAUGUUCAAACAGGAAAUUUUUUAAAUCUUUUUAACAAGUAAACACUUUUGUAAUCCAAUAAAAUAUUGCAUGCGUUUUGAAAGAAUUGUAAUCUUUAGAAAACAGUUUUCUAAAUUUCAUGAUUUUUUUAUA